AAAAAUAGCAGAAGCAGUAAGGAUCACAGAAUGGCUGCAGUGUCAGAUUUAUAUAUGCGUUUCCAUCAAAUCCACGGAGCUAACGUGAGACUGGAUGAUUCCCAGACUCAGGCCACCAGGGCCGAGAGCUUUGGCAACGGAGUUUGUUUCAGUAAAGAACCUUUGGACCCUGGCAAGAUUUUCCUUGUAGAAAUUGAAGAGAAGGAGUUAGGCUGGUGCGGUAAUGUAAGGAUUGGUUUGACGGCACACGAUCCAAGAAAUCUGGAGACUGUUCCUGAGUACUCCCUCCCUGAUCUGGUAAAUUUGGGGAGCAGUUGGAUUUUUGCAAUAACCAGAAAUCAUAAUAAGGUCACCACUGAUGAUCAACAGUCAAAUCCUGCUCCAAAAUCGCACUGUUCCAUGGAGGCUUUUCUGCAAAUUGGCAAUUGUAAGGUCCCCAAGGACAAACUGGUGGGACGGAGCAGACCAGGAAGGUACAGUCACAUCUUGGAUCAAUUGUACAAGACCAAUAUUCUUCCUGCAACUGCCAGAGGGAGUAGAGUCGGGGUCUUGUAUAUCAUUCGUGCUAAUAUGGGAGACUUGCACAUUGUCAUCAACGGCGAGGAUAUGGGUCCCUGCGCCAGAGGAAUCCCCAUAAAUCAGCCUCUUUAUGCUGUUGUGGAUGUGUUCGCUUCCACUAAAUCUGUAAGGAUUAUUCAAGUAGACUAUGGUUUUCCAUCUCUACAGACUUUGUGCCGUCAGGUUGUACAGAAACACAUAAUGCACAGACUAGCUAUUGACUGGCUAGAACUACCUGCACUGCUAAAGAAUUAUUGCAAAUAUGAAUGAGGCAGUUAUGUUGGGAAAAAGUUAUAUCUUGAAUCUUGAUGAACACAGUAAAUCAAAUGUUUUUAUGCAUAUAAUUGUGUGAGCAUCUCUGCUACAUUUUGGUCCCGUUCAUGAUUUGUUGCCAACUGUAAACCCAGGUUAGUUAAAACAGUGGAACAUGAAACAGAAGUACUUUCAAUUAUUAGCCCAUUAUGAUUUUUUAAAUGUGCAAGUCCUCAUUUCCUGUGGUAUAUUCCAUUUGAUGUUCAAAUAAACGCAAUAUUCCCUGUAUCUUUAGUCUCUCUU